AUUCAAUGAAUUUGAAUAGCCAAAAAUGUUGUUCGCGCAACUGGGUAACUGACAAAUUCCGAGACAGAUUUGGGCCGUUCUUAAAUGAUUGCCACUGUCUGGGAACUGCUCAGGCUACUUCAACGUGAUUGAGCUGUUAUUCUGUAUGUAUAUAUUAUGAGGAAGAGCUGAGGACAACUGAUAGUAAAAAAUACGGACGAUUGGAGACUGCAUCUUUAGUAUUAUAUCAUUGACCACAUCCAUCUGUCACCAUGACAACUACGAUAGUUACAACUCAACCGAUGUUGCCGACUAUAUCUUCAACUCGAUAUGCCGUUGAACGAGAUUGGCAUAGCGGAAUAUUUGGCUGCUGCUCCAACAUUGUCUCAUGUCUUAGCGGAUACUUUUGUACCUGUUGCUAUGGCAUGUAUGUUGCAACACGUCUUGAAGAGAACUGCCUGUUACCCGUCUGUUUGCCAGUCUGUUACAUUAUCCCACUACGUACGAAGAUUCGAACUGAGAAUCGUAUUAAGGGUUCUAUUUGCGAGGAUUGUCUGGUUGGCUGUUUUUGUCACAUGUGCGCCAUUUGUCAGAUACAUCGAGAAAACAUCUAUGCAAAGAAGGGUCGAGUGCUCACAUAAACACAAAACACCUAAUAAGGUGUUCAUUUGGUGUAAUGGCAUUGGCUUAUGUUACAAAAUAUAAAAGCUAUAUGUAGUUUCAAAUUGAAAAUUCCCAUUCUGUAAAAUAUCGGCUUUAUUCAAAUAAUGAUUGACUGUUUAUAAAGUUCAUUGCUGAUUAUUUUGAUAGGAGGGUUUCGGCGGAUACUCCCUUGAAUAUGAACGACCCAUAGAGUUAAUAAGGCUAAUAUUACACAAAUAGUAUCUAUUUGCUGCAUAAUUAUCAUGUAUGCUGUAUUGUGAUGACUUGUUUCAAAAUUCUUUAAACCAAAGUGGUUGGUUGUCAAAUACCUAAAGAUUUUAAAAUUAUGCAUUGUUUGAUACCAUUGACACAAAGUACAGGAAUACAGUCAUAUGGGCGUGACUCUAAGCUUUUGUGUGUAUGUAAAUCAAUGAUCACCAUCGGAGGUAGAUAUUAGGCUAUAGAAUCUUAGAAAAGGGAUUGCAAAUAUAAAUUCAAACGGCAAAAGAUAGAUCUCUUUACCUUCAAAGGAACAAUUCUCCUGAAUCGCUCAAAGCCUGAUAUAACAAGCCAAAAAAUAAUAAAUGAAAAAAAAGGGAUGGAGUGGAAAAGGAUAUGCAAGAGCCUACCUAUGUGAAACCCCUUUUGUCCCUCUUCAUCCACAUGAUGAUGAAAGCUAUUCUGGAAAACAUGCCCCUCGUUUCAUGUUCAUAUUAUAGGAAUGUGAUUCCUGCGUCAAUUAUAUUAUAAAUUAAAAAAAAAACAUAUUGGCCGGGGAGAAAUCCAUAACGGAUGUUAGUAUGCCACAUAGAAUCAUGUCAAAUAAUGUAAUAAAAAAUGAAUUGUAUUGUUAAUCAUAAAUCAAUGUGAGAACCCCCCCCAAAAAAAAAGUAUUUCAUGAAGAAGACAUUAAUUUAUUUUGUUACUGUGUUCUUGAUAAUGGGCGUGUGCAUUGUAAAUGCAAGAAAGAAGGAAAAUAUUAAAAUGUUUUGCGUUUCAAUAACUUGUUAGAUAUUCGCAAGGCGAUGUUAGAGGGCCUAGUUUAUAAAAGCCCCCUCUUACAUAUCCACUGUUAGAAAUCGAAUGUUAUUAUUGACUUGAUCGUGUUAUUAAUUUAUCAGUAAUUAUUUCUGUGCGGUAUAUACAGUUAAAAAGUUGUAUAAAUAGAAAACGUAGACGAUAUGUUGGAAUGAUCGGUUUUCUAUAUAUUCAUAUAUUAAAUAUUGUGGUUUUUUUCAAAAGUGAAAAGGGGUCAGCUCAUUGAUUCUAUGCGCCAUGUUAUCAGGUUUUUUUUUUAUAAAGAUCCCAGAUUUCCAUUUAAAGGACGUUUGGGCCUAUUUUGGAAAAUAUAUAUUUCAAAAUCUUAGUUUGCCCAAAAUGCCAAGGGAAUAAUGAGCACUUGAGUUUGCCAAAAAAUAUGACAAAUACCAAUUUCCUUAAUUUAUUACAUUGAAUAUUUCUUAUUUUGUUAGGAGUAAGGGAAAGCUUUCAGUUUUCAUUUUAAGGGCGUCAUUAAAAUAAUUCCCUGAAUCAUGACUAUAGAAUUAUUAGUAAUUGUUUGUGUAAAUAAAAUAAUCAAAAUAAAAAACGUAAGAGGACAUGCAUGAUAUUUAGGAUGUAGCUAGUAAAUUCUGGUGGGUGAUGCAAAACUGUUCUUUUUAAAAAUCAUGUACUCGGCUGUAUUUGGUAAGAUCUCUUCCCCCCCCCUGAGCAACAAAUGUAAACGAAGAAACUGUUGGUGGGCUAGCGCCAUGAGCGUCUCUGGACGGUGUGUGCAAAAGACUGCAACAAUAAACUGAAAAGGUUUAGCUUAUC